AUGAACUUCAGCAAGUGCAACACUGCAAGAUCAUCGUCGCCCUCUUCGGUAAUCCAUAAAGUCAAUUUGUCGCUGCCACAACUGUCGAUCUCACAGCAACACCAAGGCAGUGAUAGUUCAGUAAAUGCUACUACUCAACCAUUUAGAGGUCGUCGAGCCCGUAAACAGUCUAUCACACACCCUAGCAACGCAGCAGAAGCAAACACGACUACCAUUACCUUGCAGCAGAAUCGUAGCGUAAGCACCUAUCCAUAUACCUUGUCGAGCUCACGUGAAUCGUCCAGCUCGCCGUCACCUCAACGAGAAGAAGGAAGUAACGAACCUCUUGAAGUCAGAAGUUGCCAAACCUGUGACAUUGUCUUUUCCCGCGCACGAGACUAUCGACGCCAUCUGAAGAAAUCCAACGCGCACGAUGGCCCAGCGGAAUUCCAGUGCUACCUUUGCAAAAGGGAGUUUAAGCGAUGCGACGGAAUCAAGCGACAUGUAUACACCAAGAAAUGCAUCGACACAUAUUUCUACCUACUACCCGAAGAAGAUAUACAGCAGCAUAUCUUUCAACAAAGCAUUUACCCCAUGGUUUUAUUCUCGCCUGAUCAAAUGUGCAAUUUUUCCAAUGUUCUUGUCCUCAGUCGAACAAUGUUUGCCAGACGCGAAUCCCAGCACUAUCCCGCAACAUAUGGGCCUCGGUUUUGGGACGGAUUAUACGACGACGGUUUCUUCAAUGACCUCGUCUCUGACACUAGCGUGGUGAUGGGAGCCUUUUUAAACCACAUUGUACCACAGGAGCUGCUUCAAUGGCUUCCGGAUUAUGCAGAUACCAUGGAGCAUCGUAUGAACAUCAUUAAAAUUUUAUGCCCGCCAUCACCGCGCGACGCUGUUGUCAAAUGGAUUAAAGGACAGUAA